AUGACGUUUUCGAUGAGACUCACGUUGGACGAGAAGGAUCCGAAGAAGGUGUCCGUGGCGCCCGUUGCGCCCCGUAAGAAGCAGUACGGACUUGUGCUGCCUAAGAGCAAAGCCAAAAAGACGGAACUUGUCUCUGCGUGUAGUGCGUUUACCGAAGCAGCCGAGUCCAGUCGCCAGCAAAAGACAAGGGAAGGUGAACAAAGUGUCAGAACUCGAGUAGGGGCUGAAGCUGCCCGCAGUCUGCAGCAAAGCCAAGUCGAUCAAGUGCGGGCUCAAGCUCUCGCGGAAGACGCGUCGGUCUUUGACUAUGAUGGGGUCUACGAUGAUAUGAAGAAAGAGAGGGAGAGAGAAGCUCGGAACCGGAAGACUCAGCGAACGGCUGACAAGGAAAAGCCCAAGUACAUUGGUACACUCUUGCAACAAGCCAAAAUUCGAGAAGUAGAGAACCAACGAAUUCGGGAGCGACGACUGCUACACGAGCGACAAGCCGACGAUGCGCUCUACGGUGACAAGGAGAAGCUCGUAUCUGUAUCCUACAAACGAAAGUUGCAGGAGAUGCAGAAUUGGGACGCGGAGGAUGCUCGUCUCGCUGCGUUGGAGGAGCGAGAGGAUGUCACGAAACAGGGCGAGCAUGCAAUGGCAGGUUUCUACGCCAAUCUGAACAAGAACAUUGCAAUGGGUGGGACGACAACGAACGCUCGUAGCGCUUAUACUGUGAAAGAAGCUCGAAGUGCAUCGUUGCUUCGUGAAGAACCAAUUCGAGCCAAGCGAGGACUUGGACGUGAUGAUGAGCACGACAGCGAAUCCGUAGAGACGAGUUACGAAGUCGUGACUGAGAAAGUGAGCAGCGGAAAUUCACUUGACGAAAAUCAUACUGUGUCUACUUGCGACACGUUGUUUCGGCAGGAGGAGGCUAAUGCCACGACUGACAUUCGACCGCCGCCACCUUGCAUCCUGGACGAGGCGAAACCAAGCAAGGAGGACGCUAUUUCUGCCGCAAAAGCACGCUUUCUGGCCCGAAAGGCGCAGCGAAAGUCGUCGAGCAGUCAACAUUGA